AUGCAAAAGGGCUGCGCGUCCACACCAAAUUGGAAGGGACUGGCCAAAAUCAAAUAUGCGUUUACGUUACCUAAUCCUGACAACCUAUUUCUGGCAGGCUUCAACUUCACGGGAACACCGCCUGCUGUUGGCAAUCCCCUAGGCAAUCCGCCUUACCCAGGCUGGACCUCGGCCAACGGGCCGAAUUGGGUCGACUUCCUGACAGUCAAGUACAACACCUCCCAGCUGCUGACUUACAACCUCGCCUACGGUGGAGCCACGGUCGAUUCAGACCUGAUUGCGCCCUACGAUCCAUCUGUCCUCUCACUCAAGUACCAAGUCAACUCCGAGUUUGUGCCCGGAUACACCGGCUCGUCGCCCAAAGCUCCGUCCGCACCCAAGUGGAGUGGCAAGGACUCGCUAUUCGUGGUCUGGAUCGGCAUCAACGACGUUGGCAACUCGUGGUGGACCGACUACACCACUCUCUGGGCCAAGGUGUUUGCCGAGUACACUACCCUCGUGAACACGCUGUACGCGAAGGGAGCGCGAAACAUCGUGUUUGUUGAUGUCCCACCCGUCGACAGGUCGCCGCAGUAUAUCCAAUCCGGUGAUUAUGCUGUGGAGAAUUCCAAAAUUGCAAUUGCCAAAUGGAACGACCUGGUCAAGGACAUGGCAAAGAAAUUGAAGACGGGGAAACCUGACGCGAAUGUGUGGGUGUACAGCUCCGCAGCCGACUUCAACAAAGUCCUAGACAACCCGACAUCAUUCACCCAGACAUCUGCGCUAAAGGUGCUGGACAAGUAUUGUGCAGACUAUCAGAAUGGUACACCAGCUAAGGACACGUUCAUUGCGACCUGUGGCGUGCCUGUCAAUGAGUACUUCUGGCUCAACGCACUGCAUCCAACCUACCCGAUUCACGACGUGGUGGCGCAGCAGCUUGCGAAGACAGUUGCAGCGGGACCAAACAUUUGUUGA